AUGCCAGUUUACCGCGUGUCUCGGGCAUCCAUGUUCCAGUCCCCGGCUGUUCUCACCGUUCGUGUCGGGGACCGGGCGGUUCUGACCUGCAGCCAGAAUGUGAGAGUCUAUCCCGGGGCGUCGAUAAAUUGGUUCAUACAGAGCGGCCGAGGGCGUCUGCAGUUCGUUUACACAACGUCAAAAUUCAUGCCUUCGAAGGGAAGAUUCUCGGGAAUUUUGGACAAAGAUCCAGGCAAUUAUGCCCUGGUGAUCGAGAAUGUCCAACAAAAUGAUUCCGGGAUUUACGUCUGCGCUGCUCAGCUCGACAGCAGAUUUGGCAAUGGAUCCAAGCUGGUGGUGACAGCGGGUCCUGUAACCAUAUUCCUGUUGUCGCCGCCAUCGGGCGAGAUUCACCAGACCCAACCUGUACCGCUGGUCUGUGUGGUGAGGGGUGCGUCUUCCGAUUCCGUGCAAAUCCACUGGAAUAUUUCGGGAGACGUUAGCAAAGGCCUGGUCGACUCCGGGACAUUUGACCCGGACGGGAGCUACAGUGUUCGAAGUCGAUUCCAGAUCUCGGCUGAACGUUGGCUCAGCGGCGCCGUCUGUACCUGCGUCGCGGGAGAUCUGACCAGCGACGGUGUUGCCGCUCAGAAAGAGCUGCCAGUUUUCACCACUGACUCCGCCGCCCAGAUCUUCAGAAGUACCCAGGCAUUGUAUAAAUGUGGCCGGAGUCUCUGCCUCGGCCUCGCGUUCCGUUCCCAGCACCCUUUGGGUAAAAUACUUUUCAUCAACGCUGCCUCUCGAAUCAUUUAA